CAGAUGUUUGUUACCUGCCUGAGCGAACGGACGGCUCAGUCGGUCUGGUUCGUUGGGUCGGUCGUGUCGGUUCUGCCUAAGGGAAUUGAAUAUCUUUUGGAUGAUCGCUUUUUGAAUGUGUUAUUGUGUUAUCGUUUCAUUGCGGGUAGGACGCUAAAAACCAAAUAAAAAUCAAUUGAGCUAACUCAAACUAUUUUUUUGGAAAUUCCCGAAGUUUCAAAAGGUCCGCCAUGACACGUCGCAAGCUGCUCAUCUGCUGGGCAGCCCUCCAGGCGGGCUCGACCAUGAUUACCUGCCUGCUGCUGCUGCUGACCACCUCACAGCACGGCAAUCAGGUGGCGGCUGGAAUUGUGCCGCCACCCUGGAGUGAUCCGGCCACGAACCCCUGUGCCAGCAUGUCCGGGGGCUGGCAGCUGCUCUACUGGAUGCCACUAAAGAAGUGCUUCAAGAUCUUCACUCUGGGCUAUCCUUGUCCGGACACAAUGGAGCUGAGUCCCACGCCAGUUAGUGCCAAGCGGAAGGAUCUUCCUGCGGCCGAAUGUCGCUGUCCGCCGGGAACUGCUCUCAGUCCUCUGACCAGCUCAGUGUGCCACAAGCUUUACGAGCGGGGUCCGUGUCAGAGCACAGAAUACUUCCAGCCCCUACCAGAUCAGGCCAAGAGGACUGGAAACCGGUGGGGCACCUGCAAGCGUCCGUUGCAGUGCGCGGAUGGAAUGAUCUUUUGGCCGAGAGACAACAAGUGCUAUGCCCGGCGUAGCCGGGGACCCUGCAGCCGGGGAAAGUUGUUGGUGCGCAACGAGGACGGGCUGGCCGAGUGCCGAUGCGAGGAUGCAGGCGAACUGGCCUUGUACUACUCUCCGGCGGAGGACUCGUGCUAUGAGCACUAUACCAAAGGACCAUGCUCCACGCCGGGUCACAUUUUCAUGCCGGGUGGUCGGUGCGACUGCCAGCAGCAUCUGCCACAAUACCAUGCCUCGCAGCAGAUGUGCUUCGAGCUCGAUACUCCGGGACCCUGUCCGCCUGGGCACAUAUUUCGCAUACCCGACAAUGCUGAGGUGACGACUGAUGGCUCUUUGCAACUAUUGCCCCGGGCCGAGUGCCUGUGCAAGGACGGCUACGUGCCCUGGACCGAUGGCAUCUGCUAUCGUCUGUACACACGGGGACCCUGCGGUGCCACCGAGUUUUUGGUGAAUGCCACCUCCUGUGUGCGCAACUUUUGCGGCAAGAAUCGUCUGUACUUCCCGGCCGAGGACUCUUGCUAUCGUAUAGGCUCCCAGGGCCCCUGCGCACUCCAUCAGGUGGUGAUCUUCGAUUUCACCGCACGCCCUUCGCUCGACGGCAUCUCCUACAAUGGAAUGUGCGGCUGUGCGGGAGUGCUCACCAACUUGGACCAACAGUGCUCCGGCCGGGACUCGGGCACCGACAAGGAGCAGAACAUCUGCGAGUCCACGCCUGGCAUGGUCGAGAUCAACGGCCAGUGUCACAAGCUAUACACCCGAGGGCCCUGUGGGGCUGGCCAGUGGCUAGAGCCACUCAAGACUAAUUCCCAGACGAAUACAUCGAUCCUGGCCUACGCCAGUCGAGCCAAGUGCGCCUGCCGUCCUGGCUACACGCCCACGGAGGCGGACCAGAGGGGCCUGAGCAACUGCAGUGCUCCGAGCGUGAGCCUGGCGAGGUGGUUUUUAGAAAUAUUCGGGUAACCUUUUCGAUGGUGUUGCAGCCACGGGGGAUAGGAUUGUGCCAUCAAUGUAUUACAGCGACUAAUAAACGAGUUGUAUUUAAGAUAACUUUUGAUAAGACAAUUAAAAUAAAAUAAAGCAAUGUGAAAA